AUGAGAAGGGUUUGUUCACCCCACCGUCGGGGGACAUCGCAGCCGGUCGGAGAGGGUCGGGAGGCUGCGACGCAGAGCGCGCGCGCGGUACCCGGCCGUUUCGUCAUUGCGACGGAGGUUGUCGUGUUUCAGCGCUGGACCGAGAGAGCUUCGCACUGUGCUCCCGCUUCAACCGGCCCGCGUCCGCAAGCACUUGCAGCCCCAAGUGACAGUGGAACACCUUACGGAAACCCUAACGGCGCGUAG